CAACAAAAUAAAAAUUUGUCGCUGAAGAAGUGAGAAAGAGAGAAACUCCGAAGAAUCAAUGGAAGGAACUUCAUCAUUAUCAUCACGUUCGAAUAAACGAAAACUGUACCUAGACGAAGAUAUCAGUAAACCUCCAGUGGAGAAGAAACCUAGAUUUCCGAAAGGGAAGAAGAAAGUUAAAGAGGAAGUGGCGGAAGAGGUGGCUGUAUGUGGACCGGCAGAGGCUCCACCAGCGGAGAUUUUUGAUACGAAAGUUGUCGCUCAUGAGCGAUCCAAGAGGCGAGUUCAGAUGAUUGAUGACUUGAUUUCUGGUGAAGAGCCAAAUGCUAUUGAUGAAGCUGAAGUUAGAACAUACAAGGAAAACGCUAAUUUUGAGGAAGAUGGAACCGUCAUAGAGCCAUUCAACCUGGAACAAGAGAGAGAGGAUGGCUAUUUUGAUGAAAAUGGCAAUUUUGUUCAUUAUGCCACUGAUAAAGGCGUUAAGGAUGCAUGGCUGGAUAGUGUUGAUGCUGAAUCAAAUUUUGCCCAAAAAAGCUUUGCUGAAAAAAGCUUUAAUAAGGUAAAAGAUGACGACGAAGCCGAUGAUCUUUCGUCUGAUGAUGUUGGAAAAAUCAAGAGGCGUAUCGCAGACCUUCUUGAGCCAGAGGAGACUGUCCUACAGGCUUUGAAAAGGUUGAAAGGCACCUCGAAUGGAAAGAAAGAGAAGAUGCCAGAACAAGUAAAACUUAUAUUUGAUCAGCUUACAGAAGACUCAAUGAAGCUGAUGGAUAAUGGUGAUUAUGAUGUUUACAACGAGAAAAAGGAAGCUUUUGAGCGCGAGGCAGAAGGAUAUGAGAGGUUAGCUCGUGCUAGGGAGGGUAUAUUCUUAGGUGCGGGAUCGGGUUCCAUACAAGAUAUAUCUGGAAAUACUGAUGACGACUUUGAUAUGUUUGCCGAAGAUGACAAAGGGCCUGUUUCAAAUGCUUCAUCAGAUGGGAAUGGUUUCAUAUCUGGUUCAGUUGAAGGACUUCCGUCAGAAGGUUGGGAUCUGCAAAGUGAUUAUAUUUUCGAUGAGUCAUCUGGUUACUACUACAGUAGCAGUUUGGGUUAUUACUACGAUCCUACGUCAGGACUUUACUGCUCUGCAAGUUCCGGAAAAUGGUAUUCAUUUAAUGAGCAAGCAGGAACAUAUGAUGAAGUCCAGGGAGAUGGUGAAACUGCGGCUCCCAUAAGCUGAUUGAAGAUGCUAAUUUUGAUUGAACAUGUGGUAUCUCUCCUGCACCCUCAACAUUUACGUGGAAUAUAGUUGAGUGACAAUAUAAGUGCUGUACCUGUACCACAAAAGUGUUAUACACGAAGUUUUAAGAGAGGAUAAAACAGUUUAUGAUAUAUUUCUUUGAUCUCUAAGAUGGGGACAGCAAUGUGGAGCUGAAUAUGAGCCAUUACAGCGUCUCCUUUUUUUUUUUUUUUUCCCCUUAAUUGUUAUACUACUUGAAGGCUGAAUGCUCUAUAUCGUUUUGUAUGUCAUAGUACACAUGUUUUUACAACUCUUUUCUACUCUGCACAGAUAACUCAUUUCUACUCUGCACAGAUCAAGAUGCAUGCUCACUAGAACUAUGUUCCUUGUUCUGUCUGUUCUCUAGAUUUAGAUGUCUGUGUAGUAGCUAAAGUUUGGUUCAAGUGGUUGUGCAACUAUCUAGGUGUAAUUUUAACUAAAGUAUUUCAACUUCCUAGCCAUUUA